UUGCUGAAAUUGGUUUUUCCAAAAUUCACAGCUAGAGCUAGAGCUCCUGUGGCAUGAACCAACAUGGAGAAACUCAGAAAGUGGAGCGCAAGCUGGCAUGGAGGAUCAUUCAAUGCUGUGGCAAUUGAGCAUCUAGAUCGCUUUGCUACAUAACGUCCUAGGACAGCAAGCCCACCUAUGCAAGAACGGUGAUUCACAUAGAAGAAGUAGCAUCCAAGAUGAUCUGACGGUGCAUUGAAAGUUUUUUCAACAGAGCCCUCAUAAUGGCGACGAGCUCUUGCACGAUACAUUCUUGCACAAACGGGAGCUUGCUAAGAGAAUCGUUUCGCAGCAGCCAAUCUGGUGGACUCUCGGGCUUCCAGUCGACGUUCCUUCCUGGAUCCCCUCUCUUCCAGGGCCGAAAUCCAAAUGCAAAGCGUCCAGGACAUGAAAGAGUCUUGAAGCGGCCAGCAUAUUCUGCUCCCUCAGAUGACCUCAGCAACUUUUCUGCCACUACGCGGCGCCAUGUUUGCGCUUCUAUUAGAGCACACUCUUAUGACACCAUCGCUUCCCCCUCAUCCAUUCCUCAAUCCGAUGCCACAUCUAGAGAGAGGGACGCCUCUCCCUUCUCCAGUCCCACUCCCAGACACUCCAGAGCCGCAAUUAGACGCGGGAGCAUAAUCUGCCGGGUGAUGGGGAUGGCCACAGCGCAGCUGAAGGGCCUCCAGGACAACAUCUUCAUUCGGCACAGCGACGAUGACUGCUGGGUGUGUGGAGCAGACACGGGUCCUCUCUGGGGCCUAACUUUUGCGCUUAAGGACAUGUACGAUGUCCAGGGCGUACCGACCGGGUUCGGCAGCCCGACGUGGCGCAAGACGCACGCGGUGCCGAAAAAGUCGGCCCCAAUUGUUGACGCACUCUUGAAUGCGGGUGCGACCCUCCUCGGCAAGACAGUGAUGGACGAAAUGGCCUUCAGCCUCACUGGUGUGAACGCCCACUACGGCACUCCAGUUAACCCUGCGGCGCCUGGGAGAAUUCCAGGGGGUUCGUCCUCAGGCUCUGCCGCAGCCGUGGCAGCAAAGCUGGUGGACUUUGCAAUUGGCAGCGACACGGCAGGUUCGAUCAGAGUGCCCGCCAGCCACUGCGGCGUCCUGGGAAUGCGGCCGAGCCAUGGGCGUAUUUCGAUGGAAGGGGCGCGACCCCUCCAGCCUACUCUAGAUGCAGUUGGCUGGUUCGCAAAUGACCCCCACAUCUUCCGUUCCGUCGGAGAGGUCCUCCUGAGCGGAACGUGCCUACUGGAGGAGCGGAACUCGGCGGAACCUACAAGCUCUCCGGCCGGAACGUCAGGCAACGGAAAGCCCCGGCCGGAACGGAAGCUGAAACGGUGGCUGGUAGCCACGGACGCAUUCACACUGGCAGACGAAGCAGCUGCGAAGGCAAUCUACGACGAACUGUUGCCGCAUAUGAGCGCGCUUUGCGAGAUGCUGAGUUCUCCGGAGGAGAUUACGGUAGCGACGGAAGAGGGGGGCUUGGCAAAGUGGAUGGAGCACGCACGGACGAUACAGCUGUACGAGGCCUGGCAGCAGCACGGGGAGUGGAUUCGGACGGAGGACCCGAAGCUGGGCCCGGGCGUCCGGGAACGCUUUGCGGCCGCGUCCGAAGUGUCCGAGGAGCAGUGGCGGGAAGCGACGGCUGCCAGGGAAAGGUUCUCGGACCACAUGCGGACGCUGCUCGCGGACGGCGCCGUCCUGAUGGUGCCCAGCGCCCCGGGCAUCGCCCCCUUGAAAAAAGCGCACGCAGAAGAACUAGAGGCGUACCGGAGCCGCAUUCUGCAGCUGUCCGUCAUCGCGGGGCCGUCCGGUUUGCCGCAGGUAAACCUCCCCAUUGCUGAAGUGGACGGCUGUCCCGUGGGCCUCGGGAUCAUCGGGCCACGUGGCUGGGACGAGGAGUUGCUUGACUUGACCGUACAGAUAAUGGAGUUGGUACGCGUGAGAAAACCGUCACCGUCACUUGGUGCGGACUUCGAAAAGUUCGUCGUGCCUCCGGAUCCGUGAUGUGCAAUCGUCGGGUGGAUUCGUACUCCUCGGAAUCUAGGCUUUCACUGCAGAAGUGACUCUACGCAAGCUACCGUACGAAUCUGGUUGGCUGUGUGAGGGGCAGGCGGGGUGGCUCUUUUAGGCACCCGAAACGCCUGUCUUUUCUAACUCCAGUGAGGCAAAGACGAAUACAUCACGAUCUGAUGCAGUCAAGCAUGCAAGAAGCGGACCAACUUGCGCAAUAGACUUCAAAUUCAUUUGUGGCAGUCGGGCCCACACUCGCCGGCGCGUGCAUGCACGUAUUGGAAGCACUGACGCCUGGCCGCAUGCGACCAUGAAUCGUUCUCCUGAUAGUUGCGACAGCGUGAAAGAGCCGGGAGCCUAGCCUAGCAACAGCUGAACACUUCGCGUCAAAUUGGUGGAAUUGUGCAUGAUGCUGCACAUUUAGGGGCGGCUUGACUGACACUCGCAGCUACGAG